UACCAUCUUAAAAGCUAGAUUAACAAGAUGAUCAGUGCCAAAAAGCUUAUCAAACUGGCAAGGAAAUGGCAGAGGAUGGUUUCUCUAAGGCGAAAAGCAAUAGCACUGCCAAGCGACAAUGAGAUUGUGGAUGUAGAAAGUUGUUGCGCAGUCGAGAAAGGUCACUUUGUAGUGUACUCAAUUGAUCAAACACGCUUUGUGCCUCCUUUAGAAUAUCUUAACAAAGAUAUUGUCAAAGAACUAUUCGAGCUCGCUGAAGAAGAGUUUGGAUUGGCAAGAAAUAGUCCUCUCAUACUGCCAUGUGAUGCAGGCUUUAUGGAGUACAUAAUUGAUUUAAUCCAAUGGCGUAUGACUAAAGAUGUAGAGAAAGCAUUGCUAAUAUCCAUGGCUAGCAUUCGCUGCUCAUCAUCUAUCGAUCCUCAUCAAGCAAUUACAAGUCAACAAUUACCAAUCUGCAGUUUCUAAAACUCAUUAUAUUCUGUUUUUGUAAUUGAUCUACAUAAGUGUACAGAAAUUUUUGAAAAAUAUUUAUAAGA